UAUUAAUUUUAGAAUCUUCCUAAGGUUUCAGUAGUAUUUUUUAUUUUCUGGGUUUCAGUUAUCUUAAGUGAAGACCCAUUAACCCCAAAAGUCUUCUCAAACUAAGCAAGCAAGUUGUUUUUGCUUAGGACUUGCAACCCAAUUAUACAAUCCAAGCCCACUGAAUACUGGUUUAGCCCAGGCAUAUCCAUAUUUCAGAUGUAUAUAAUCUUUGAACAAUUAUAAUUUUAGGAAUUAAUUGUUAAGAAUUCAUAUACAGGUAAAAUGACAUAUGCACAAGGAUAUUUAUUGCAGCAUUGUUUAUUACAGUGAAAAACUAGAUAAAGCUCAAAUGAUGAUUGGCCACAGAUUGGUUAAAUAAAUUAAGUUAUAUCCAUUUAAUGGACUACAGCGUCGCUAUUAAGCCAGUUACGUAGCACAAUACGUACUAAUUGGGACCUCAUUCCAGGAUAUAUUAAGUAAAAAUAGCAAUGUGUGUAAGAAGCGUGUAUAACAUAAUUUGAGUUAAAAGAAAAUCUUUAUAUGUGUGCAUGUGUGUGUAUACAAACAUGUUUUCUCCUAGCCAUAUGGAGUUGCCCUAAUCCAUCCUGCUCCAGUAAUUGCCUGGUAUCUUUGAACCUAGGGAUGAUAAAGAGAUUUGCCCAUUCUCCUCAUUGACACCCCAUAAGUGUUUCUAAAGCAUGAACAGAGGGGAAAUGAUCUUCUGGGCCGGGAGCUGUGAGGAAAGUAGGGUCUUAUCUAUCUUCUUUUGCCUCUUCCAGCUCUACCCUUUUCAAAAGAAGAGCCAAGAGAAGGUCCUUUUCUGCAAAUAUCAAAGCCAUGGCUCAGGAGUCAGUGAUGUUCAGUGAUGUGUCCAUAGACUUCUCUCAGGAGGAGUGGGAAUGCCUGAAUGAUGAUCAGAGAGAUUUAUACAGAGAUGUGAUGCUGGAGAAUUACAGCAACCUGGUUUCAAUGGCAGGGCAUUCUAUUUCUAAACCAAAUGUGAUCUCCUACUUGGAGCAAGGGAAGGAGCCCUGGUUGGUUGACAGAGAGAUAACAAGCGGCCAGUGGCCAGUCCUGGAAUCAAGAUGUGAGACCAAGAAAUUAUUUCUGAAGAAAGAAAUUUAUGAAAUAGAAUCAACCCACUGGCAAAUAAUGGAAAAACUCACAAGACAUGAUUUUCAGUGCUCUAGGUUCAGAGAUGAUUGGGAAUGUAAUAUCCAGUUUGAGAAACAGCUUGGCUCUCAGGAGGGACAUUUCAAUCAAUUGAUAUUCACUCAUGAAGCUCUGCCCACUUUGAGGAAGCAUCCAUCCUUUACAUUACAGCAAAUCAUUAAUAGUAAAGAGAAAUUCUGUGCAUCUAAAGAAUAUAGAAAAACCUUUAGACAUGGUUCACAAUUUGCUACACAUGAGAUAAUUCAUACCAUUGAGAAGCCCUAUGAAUGUAAGGAAUGUGGAAAGUCCUUUAGACAUCCCUCAAGACUUGCUCAUCAUCAGAAAAUUCAUACUGGCAAGAAACCCUUUGAAUGUAAGGAAUGUGGAAAAACCUUUAUUUGUGGCUCAGACCUUACUCGACAUCACCGAAUUCACACUGGUGAGAAACCCUAUGAAUGUAAGGAAUGUGGGAAGGCCUUUAGUAGUGGUUCAAACUUCACUCGACAUCAGAGAAUUCACACAGGUGAGAAGCCUUAUGAAUGCAAAGAAUGCGGGAAGGCCUUUAGUAGUGGUUCAAAUUUUACUCAACAUCAGAGAAUUCAUACUGGGGAGAAACCCUAUGAAUGUAAGGAAUGUGGCAAUGCCUUUAGUCAGAGCUCACAACUUAUUAAACAUCAAAGAAUCCAUACAGGUGAGAAACCCUAUGAAUGUAAGGAAUGUGAGAAGGCUUUUCGUUCUGGCUCAGACCUUACUAGACAUCAGAGAAUUCAUACUGGGGAGAAACCCUAUGAAUGUAAGAUAUGUGGGAAGGCCUAUUCUCAGAGUUCACAGCUUAUUAGUCAUCAUAGAAUUCAUACUAGUGAGAAACCCUAUGAAUACAGGGAAUGUGGAAAGAACUUUAAUUAUGGCACACAACUUAUUCAACAUCAAAAUUUGUACUGGUGAUAAACCAGAAUAUGUGAAAUGUAUAGGGAGGCUUUAAUUAUGGCUCAAAAUAGAAUUUAUCUGCUUAAUAAUUCCUCUAGGCUGGAUAGAGUGGCUAACAUCUGUAAUCCCAGCACUUUGGGAGGCCAAGGAGGGCAGAUCACCUGAGGUCAGGAGUUCGAGACAACCUGACCAACAUGGAGA